GCAUGGUGCUAAAGCUGCGAGCGGCCCGCAUCGCUCGCGAGACCCGCGAAUCGCAAACAAAGAACGCCUCGGCUGUGCCGGGCAAGAUUUUGCCCACCCCCGAUGAGCAGGUCCUCACCCAGACCCUAACCAACCACGGCAUACCCGAAGUCCACCGCGUCUCCUACAAGCGCCCGCGCAACCUCCAUCAACAGGCCACCCUUCGCCGGUUCGACCAGGCGAGGCUGAGGCGGUGGUGGAACUGGCAUGAUAAGCAUAUGGAGCUGUUGAGGGAGGAUAAAUUGCAGAAAUCGCGGAGACAGCAGUUUCUUUCCAACCUACGUACGCAUGCCUGGAUCACACCACCGCCGUCGCCUGCGGCCGGGCAGCAAAACCCGGAGCAGCAGCAACAGCAGCAACGCCCGAUGAACGUGCAGGCUACCGACGAGAUCAAGCAGCGGAAAGAACGUGCCCAGCAUCUCACGAAAUUGCGCACCAGCUCAGCCCCCAACCUUCGUUUACAAGGCGGUAAAGCGGAGGUCGUGGUGUUGUCGCCCGUCUCACCCGUCGAUGCCAAUAACUUUUCAACUAUACCCACAGCAUUUGCUUUCAUUUCCCACGACACAUACACACAUUGCUUUCAACGUCUGCGCCUCGCCUCGCCUCUCUCUAGCCUCUAUAUCCAUAUCAACGUACGGCUUCCGCUCUGCAUAUACCGUGGAGCAAUGUGAAUUGGAAGGUAUGGUUCGCACAGUUCUUGGGUUUGGGUUCUUAAUGCAACGUUUGUGAGUGCCAUCCCCUUUCUCAGUGCAAUUCAAGUGAGAGACGGGGGCAGGGAUGGGGGCGGGAACGGUGGAGACGGGGGCCUGUGGGACGACUACGGCGCCGGGGAUGGCUGCGAAUUGGGCUUUAUACGCAGCAGCCCGGCCGCACUUGUUGCACGCAGCGCGCGCAGUCUUGACCUCCCCCACAAUCCCCGUUCUCCUCGCCGGCGACGAGGUGACAGCAGCGGCCACCGGGGGCAAGGCAGGUGUACCCACGAUCGUCACCAUCCGGCUGGCUG